AUGAAAAUGGUGAAGUUCAAUUUAGAUAUUUCAGAAGAUAUCAAAAUCAAGUUUUACUUCAUCAUUCGUUUCCUCCUGCGUCAGAAACAAGAGGUUCUGCCAUUUGUAAAGGGUUUGAUUAGGUUGGGGUUUCAUGAGAUGAUCUGUUUGAUUAUGGUCAUGCUCUGUUUGAAAAUAAUGCUCUUUUACUUUCUUAGGGUUCCUUUGGUGAGGUUGAAAUUGUUGCAGUCAGAAGACAUCAAAAUCAAGUUUCACUUCAUCGUUUGUUUCCACCUGUGUCAGAAACAAGAGGUUCUGCCAUUUGUAAAGAUGGAAGAGAUGUUGGAUAUUAUGUUUCAUCACGGAGGUGAUUUUAAAGAAGAUCAAGAAGGAACAAUGAUAUAUUAUCCGGAUAAUAAGGCUUGUUUAGGUGACCUAGAUGUGGAUACAUUAGACGUCUUCUAUCUAAGGAACUACCAUAAAAAGCUUGGUUAUGAUGAGAUAAAGCAAUGCUGGUGGCAAGUUCCUAGGAAAGGUUUGGAGAAUGGACUAAGAAGCUUGAAUAAUGACAAGGAGAUAAGAGAGAUGGUGAAGUGUGCUAAGAUCAAUAACGGAGUUAUUGAUGUAUAUUUCGAGCAUGGAGCAUCAUUGCCAAAGGUUUUAGAGGGAAACACCAAAGUUGCCUCAAACACCAAAGGUACACAACCACCAUCAACAGUUUCAAAAAAUCAAAAUCAGACCAAAAAACCCAUUAACAAGGUCAGUGGAGCCAAGCCAAACAAACUCACUGGUAGCAUCCAGCCCACAAAGCCCAUCAAGACCACCCAAAACACCAAAACAGAUAAAACCAACAAGUCCAAGCAGCCCAACAAAAAUAGUAUAUCUAGGAGACCUUGUACAAGAUCUGCUGCCAGAGGAUUCCAAAGCAAAGUUUUUAAUAAUGAGAUUCCUUUCGAGGUGUCUUCUGACUCUUAUGAGAGCGCAGAAGAUAGCCUUUUUAAGCCAACUCUUGAUGAAGACAGCUCUUCUAAUUCAGAUACUGGGGUGAAGAAUGUCAACAAUGAGAGUAGGAAUAGGGUGAACAAGAACCAUAAUGAGAAGAUAUUGACAAAUGUUGGUCCUCUAGCUAAAGGAAAGGAGAAGAUUCUGGUCGAGGAUGAUGCAUUUGUGCAAGAAGUUAGCGAUGAAGAAGUGGAUCUUGGUUUUAUUGGUAGUUUUGCUGAAGGUGUAGAAUAUAGUCUAGAUCCUGGAGCUGACUCGGAUGGUGCCAAUUCAUGGCACUCAGAGGAGAUGAAGACUCCUCCAAAUUCGGAAGAUGAACUAGAAGAAGACAACGAUUCUGAUGACGCAUGUCCAGUGUUUAGGGAGGGUGCAAGAUUUGGUGAAUUGCAUCUUGAGGUGGGUAUGAAAUUUGGCACAAAGUGGGACUUUAGAGAAGCUGUUAGGGAGUAUACAAUUCAAGAGGGUAGGCGCAUACGCCUGGCGAAGAACGAUAAUAUAAGGUGCAGGGCAGUUUGUAAGGUUAAGGAGUGCCCUUGGGUGGUUUAUGCAUCAAGGGACCAUGAGGACACUUGUUGGCAGAUCAAAACCUUUAAUGACGACCACACAUGUCCCAGGGAAGACAAAAAUAGGGCUGCUAAUAGGAAUUGGGUCUGCAGCAAGCUUGUGAAGAAGGUCAGAAAAUAUCCCAACUUCAGACACUGCGAAGCUACAACCUAUUUCAGAACACGUUUUGAUUUGACACCAAACAAAAAUUCAAUCUCAAGGGCUUUGAUGGAUGCUAGAAGUGUAGUGUAUGGUGAUGAAAAGGAACAUUUAGUUUGCAAGUUAUUUGACUGA